CGCGACGGUUCACACGCGCUGACGUAAUUAGUGGCCGCGGUUCUUUGUUUUGCGACGAUUACAUUUUUUUGGGUUGUUGUGCCGCCUUUGAAGAAGCUUCAUUACGCAUCUUCACGAAAAACAGACUAAACGAGCUGGCUACUUAAUUCACCGACUGGCGUAUCUGACGCUCAGCAGGCAGAGGCAAACUUUCUCGUCGGCACCAGCCUCGGUGGUGGAUGAGGCCGUUAUGAGAGUGCUGGUGGUGCUGCUCGCGCUGAGUGGCUGCUGCCUCGGCCAGCUGUCGGUCAAGAUCCCCGGCGACAUCGUGCUGGGCGGCCUCUUCCCCGUCCACGAGAAGGGCGAGAAGAGUCCGUGCGGCCCCAAGGUGUACAACCGCGGCGUGCAGCGGCUCGAGGCGAUGCUGUGGGCCGUCGACAGGAUCAACGCCGACCACCACCUGCUGCCCACCAUCCGCCUCGGCGUCAACAUCCUGGACACCUGCUCCAGGGACACGUACGCCCUCAACCGCUCCCUCGAGUUCAUCCGAGGCUCGCUCAACAACAUGGACGUGUCUGCCUUCGAGUGCAAUGACCGCCGACCGCCCCGUAUCAGGUCAAACUCGACCGGACCCGUGUUCGGAGUUGUUGGGGGAUCUUACAGCUCCGUUUCACUGCAGGUUGCCAAUCUGCUGAGACUGUUCCACAUUCCGCAAAUCUCGCCGGCGUCGACGGCCAAGGCUCUGAGCGACAAGACCCGCUUCGACUACUUCGCGCGCACCGUCCCGCCGGACACGUUCCAGGCGAUCGCGCUCGUGGACAUCGUCAAGAGUCUGAACUGGUCGUACGUGAGCACCGUGUACUCGGAGGGCUCGUACGGCGAGUACGGCAUCGAGGUGUUCCACAGGGAGGCGCAGGAGCGGAACGUGUGCAUCGCGGCCGCCGAGAAAGUGCCGAGCGCUGCUGACGAACGAGUUUUUGAGUCCAUCCUCGGCAAACUGCUUAAGAAGCAGAACGCCAAAGGGGUCGUGCUUUUCACCAGGGCCGAGGAUGCGAGGGGUUUGCUGAGUGCUAGCAAAAGGAUGCAAACUUCUUUGUACUGGAUCGCGAGCGACGGCUGGGGCAAGCAGCAGAAGCUGGUCGAGUCUCUCGAAGAGGUGGCCGAAGGGGCAAUUACGGUGGAGCUGCAGUCGGAGCACAUGCCCGGUUUUGACGAGUACAUGAUGUCCCUGACGCCGGACAACAAUCACCGCAACCCUUGGUUCGACGAGUACUGGCAGGACACUUUUGGCUGCGUCCUGCCGCAGUACGCGAAUGCAGAGAACAUAGACGUGGAGAUCUGCAGCUCCGACCUGCGGCUGUCGGAAAAGGUGGGCUACGAGCAAGAAUCCAAGGUGCAGUUCGUGGUGGACGCCGUGUACGCCUUCGCCUACGCCCUGCACAACCUGCACAAGGACCUGUGCCGUUCCAAGGACAGGGUCUGCCAUACCAUGGCCCUGUAUGACGGGGGAGACUUUUACAGAAACUACUUGCUCAACGUCGCCUUCACAGAUUUGGCCAACAGCGAGGUAAAAUUUGACAGCCAGGGCGACGGUUUGGCGCGCUACGACAUCCUCAACUACCAAAAGCUGCCGAAUACCUCUGGCUAUCAUUACAAGGUCGUGGGCAAGUGGUUUCACUCUCUCGAGCUCAACAUCGACGAACUCGUGUGGAACAGAGGCUUGGACGUCAUUCCCACUUCAGCUUGCUCUCUGCCGUGCGCUGUCGGAAUGAUCAAAAUGCAACAGGGUGACACUUGCUGCUGGAUAUGCGACAAGUGUGAAGAGUAUGAGUUCGUGUACGACGAGUUCACGUGUCGAGACUGUGGGCCUGGCAGGUGGCCCUACCCGGACAAGCUGUCCUGCUUUGACCUGCCGCUGCAGUACAUGCGCUGGGACAGCCUGUUCGCCAUUGUGCCCGCCGCCAUUUCCUGCCUCGGGAUCAUCCUAACCCUGGGUGUCAUGAUUCUGUUCAUUCGCAACAACGACACACCUCUAGUCAAAGCCUCAGGUCGUGAGUUGAGCUAUUUGCUGCUGGCCGGCAUCCUGCUGUGCUACCUGAACACUUUCGCCCUGCUGGUCAAGCCAACCACCGCCUCCUGCAUCCUGCAACGCUUUGGGGUCGGCGGCGGCUUCUCCAUCAUAUACGGGGCGCUGCUCACCAAGACAAACCGCAUAUCGAGAAUAUUCGACUCGGCCGCCAAGUCUGCAAAGCGGCCCGACUUCAUAAGCCCCAAAUCGCAACUGAUCAUCACCUGCACCUUCAUAGGCGUUCAGGUGCUGUUCACGGCGGUGUGGUUGCUGGUGGAGACGCCUGGCACCAGGCACUACUACCCCGACCGCACGCAGGUCAUCCUCAAAUGCAAGAUCCACGACUCGUCCUUCCUUAUCUCGCAGGUAUACAACAUGUUGCUCAUCACGAUUUGCACCGUGUACGCGGUCAAGACCAGGAAGAUACCGGAGAACUUUAACGAGUCCAAAUUCAUUGGCUUCACAAUGUACACCACUUGCAUCAUCUGGCUUGCGUUCAUUCCAAUCUACUUUGGAACCGGCAAUUCGUAUGAGUCCAAACUGUUCCAGAUUCAAGUGACUACACUCUGCGUAGCCAUCAGCCUGAGUGCUUCAGUAGCUUUAGUAUGUCUGUACUCGCCAAAGAUUUAUAUCAUCGUCUUCCACCCGGACAAAAAUGUCAGGAAACUCACAAUGAACAGUGCAACUUACAGGAAAGCGCCUACCAGUAGCACUUCGGCAAAUCACGCCGAAACUUUCUUGUGAUUAACUCAAUCAAAAAUCGAGGUUUGUUUGAGCGAUCCUUAAAUUUGAUUGAAUCGACAAGUUUCUGGCAGCUGCCGGACGUGCUUACGGACAAAAUAAUUAAAAGAAAUUUGAAUUAAGAAAGCACUUCCGGCCUGCGUGGAGCUCUUUAAUUUAUAUACAAUUAAGAAAAUGCUCAAAGUAUUGUUCCACUAGGGAUAUGGGCAUAAAUCGCGCCUGGUGCGUUUUAUGAAAAUAAUUCAAUUCUAGCCAAAAUCCUAAGUGUGCGCCUGUGAAAUGCACUAUGAACUAUGAAGGAUGUAAUCAGAGAGAUUGAGUGAGCCAGCCCGUCACAGGCCUCAUUUGUGUAUAUGUGUGCAUAUGCGUCUUGUGCCAUAAUAAGAGAUUAUAAUUUUCCUCCUGACAUUGUAGCCAGUUGAAAAAUUCUAAAUUACGUGUAGAUUAACGCGAUCCCGUUGGGGAUGGUGAAAGUUAAUCUUUUGUUUUCCAAGUAGUGUUAAUUUUUGUUGGGACUGACAGCGGAUUUUAGAAAUGUGCUCAAAGUCUUAUUUUAAUCUUUCUUAAGUCACUGCCAGAGGCAAAUUAAAAAAAGCUCUUUCUAACCAGUUUGGCUAGUCAAGUUUUUAAUUUCCUCAAAACUGAAUAAUUUUGAAUCAGAGAAAGAAACAAUCAGUAGAUUAUUUCUAAAUUUUAAUUUUUAGUAAUUCCAAUUUUGUGAGAAUGAAUAAAGCAAAUGAACGCGAAUCUUAUUUAUUUUGUACGCUGUGAACGUUAAUGAGAGAGCAAAAAUAUUUUUGUCUUCAAUCAACAUCCUCCAAAUAAAAAUUUGCGCGUGUAUAUUAAAGACUGAAUGUGUAUCGAUUCCAUUAAACGGUGCGCUGCUGCUUAAAAAACGACAAUUAUUGAAUUUCAUCAAUUGUUGCUGUGAUUUUGAGAUUAAGUUUUUCUCGUCUCUUGCUCGUUUUGUCGUGCGUGCAUCUCCGUUCUGAUCUAAUGAAUUCAGACGAUAUUAUUAUAUUCGUGCAAGAGUACAUAAAAAGUUUAAUGUACAAACUAGCUUUUUAAAGCAAAAAAUUAAUCAUUCCCAACCGAAAUUAACUCAAAUGUUACACCCACACUAAACAGGCAAAUUCAGCCCACUCUGAAUCACCUCCUGAAACUGAGCCUUCAGAUUGGUCCAGCGGAGGCUGAAUUUCGAUAUUGUACUACUUAUAUUAAAUAUCGCUCUCUCGCUCUCUCUCUCUCUCUUGCUCGUUGAUUAAUGGCAGUUGAAUGUUUUUUAACUAAGUCGGUGUUUAAAAUUUUAAGAGGAUGAGAGUGUAAAUGCUGCGAUGGGCACAUGUCGUGGGAAACAAAAUACAUAUCAGCAACAGGGACUAUCUUAUUGACUAAGAAGCAAGCGAAUACGAAAGUGUAUGCAUACCUUUGACGGACGUAUGUAUAUUUCUAUCCAGAAGACAACUUGUGAAAAAUAAGAAUGAAAUCAAUCUUGAUCUAUAUUCGUUCAGAUAUCAACCAAGCAAACGGAGAAAUAAAUAAAGAACCUCUCAAUUAUAAAAUGCGAGGAAUAUCUAUCAAAAAGUGCGAAAAAUGAAAUAUAUAUAUCAAAUUAUAUAUCAAAAAAGAGAUUUCUUGCAUAGGCCGUGGAUUAUUAUGUGAAUUUUUUUUAUACAGAGAGCUCUUAAUACCAAAGAUUACGUUCCAUGCGUUUUAUUGAAAAUUCAUUGAUGUAUAAUUAAUUAAUGUGUAUUUUUAAUUUUUCAAGAAAAUUUUCAAUUACGUCAGAGAGAUUCUCAAUCUAGAGAAACACUGUGUAUCUGCCUGCAAUAAAAAUUAAUAUUUCUAUGUCAUAAAAAAAGAUAAAAAUUUGCUGUUGGCUGUUCUCUGUGAACUCAAACUUGCACUGUAAGCGUAGGACAUUCUGUAAAAAAAUCUUAUUACAUUUAUCUUUCACACAAAAGAGCUCUCUUGUUGUUGAUUUAAAUUAU